GCGUCAGUCGCAACUCGCAAACCACGUGUCCCCUCCCACCAUUCGUCGUGAGAGCUCUUCUCUUCUCAUAUCAUAUCAGAUCCCUCCCUCCCCCUUUCUCUCUGCCGCAUGACACUGCAGGUGCUUCUUUUCGUUCGCCGCUGUUACUGAAGAAGAUUGUGUUGGCCAGGGAGUACGUACGUCCACUGAACAAGGAUCGAUCAGAAACGCUUUUCUUUUCCAAACAAUAUUGACACAGGACAGGGAUUUCAGUAUAGCCAACAAAUUGUUAGACAAAAUUAUAUGCAACAAAUGGUCGUAUCUGCGUUCUCUGCAAUUUCCUCCUCAUCCUAUAGAAAAACCUUAUCAGGGUUGAAUGCCCAUCAGUCUCGAAGAUGGCACAGAACAUGCAUAAGCAGCCAAGUUCGGUCGGUGCAGAAACCAGCAAAGUUGCAAUACAGGAAGCUGGGAGACUCAGAUCUCCUUAUCAGCGAGAUAACUCUUGGAACAAUGACUUUUGGGGAGCAAAACACAGAGAAGGAAGCACACGAUAUGCUCUCUUAUUCUUUUGAUCAGGGCAUCAACAUGCUUGACACUGCGGAAAUUUACCCAAUUCCACCCAAGAAAGAGACUCAGGGAAGGAGUGAUUUGUAUAUAGGCAGGUGGAUGCAAUCCAAGCCUCGAGAUCAGGUAAUUUUGGCCACAAAAGUUUCUGGUUAUUCAGAUCGCACUUUUCUUCGGGACAAUGCAGAAAUAGUGCGUGUUGAUGCUGCCAAUAUAAAGGAAAGUGUAGAAAAGAGCCUUUCACGCUUAUCUACAGACUACAUUGAUUUGCUUCAGAUACACUGGCCAGAUAGGUAUGUAGCACUAUAUGGCGAAUUCAGCUAUAAUUCAACCCAAUGGAGGACAAGCGUCCCAAUUGAGGAUCAACUGAAAGCUCUCCAGGAGCUAAUUGAUGAAGGAAAGGUACGCUAUAUCGGUAUUGCCAAUGAAACCUCAUAUGGAGUAAUGCAGUUUGUACAGGCUGCAAAGCUUCAUGGACUUCCAAAGAUCGUGAGCAUCCAGAACGGCUAUAGUCUACUUGUGAGAUGCAGCUUCGAAGUUGAUCUUGUUGAAGUCUGCCACCCAAACAACUGCAAUAUUGGGCUGCUUGCCUACUCCCCCUUGGCUAGCGGUGUUCUCAGCGGGAAGUAUCUUGAUGCCAACUCCGGCAAUGCAGACCGUUUCAGGCUAAAUCUCUUUCCUGGAUACAUGCAGCGUUACAAAGCACCAUUGGCUAAAGAAGCAACCACAGAAUAUGUCAAGCUUGCAAAGAAGCAUGGGCUAACUCCGGUCCAGCUUGCGCUCGGCUUUGUGCGUGACCGCCCGUUCACGACUAGCACAAUCAUCGGCGCAACCUCCAUGGACCAGCUGAAGGAAAACAUCGGUGCGUUUAUCGGCGCUCCACGGCCUCUGCCGGCGCAAGUUCUCGACGACAUCGAGACCAUUUUCAAGAGAUACAGAGACCCAGCAGUCCUCUAGUUAGUGUUUUAGCUUUUUGAUAGAGAAAAGAGCAAUCCUCAGGAGAUGCAAAAACCCAGCAAACAGUUUGCUGUCGGAUCAAAGGAGUUUCCAAUGGGUGCUAUAAAAAACAAGGAGUUCCCAGUGGGCGCUGUCAAAAAAAAGGAGUUCCAAUGUUUGCUCCGGGAACAGAGCUGUUUGUUGUGAAAUUCCUGUGUUGACUGCCGUAAACCCUGGUUGCAUCCGAACUCAUGUUCCAUUGGUUGACAAGUUCAGAAUAGUCACAAUUUCACAUAGCACAUGCUAUGGCAAAGUAACUGUAUCUUCCUUGUAGCUGCCCUUGGUCGGCUAAGCAGGAUCUCAUUUAUCCCAGUUAAUUGACUUGCUAGUUCAAAAUUGGAUUU